UGCUCCGGUGCCAGCGUCCCCCGAGGUUGGGGGCUUCCACUCAGCUCUCCAGAGACCCACCCUGGCGGCCUGCGCCGCCCCCAGCACCAUGCUGAAUGCCAGCGCCCCCUGCCCGUCCAACGCCUCGCGCUGCGGGGUGGAUUUCCAGGCUGGCCAGGAGCUGGUGGUCUCUCUCUACGGUGCCGUCUUCCUGCUGGGCCUGGCCACCAACGCGCUGACCCUGUGGCCUAUCGUGCAACAGGUGCGGCUGGGCAACGUGCUGGCCGUCUACCUGCUGGGCCUGGCCGCCUCCGACGUGCUUUACCUGCUCACCUUGCCGCUGUGGAUGCUGUACGUGUGGCGCGGGCACCGGUGGACCCUGAGCGGCCUGGCCUGCCAUGCCGCCGGCUUCGUCUUCUACUCCAACAUGUACGUCAGCGUCCUGCUCCUCUGUCUCAUCUCCCUGGAGCGCUACCUGGCCGUGGCCCACCCGCUCCGCUCCCUGGGCCUGCGGAGCCGCCGCUCGGCCGCCACCGCCAGCGCCCUGGUGGCCCUGCUGGUUUUCACCUUCCACGUGGGCAUCGCCCUGCGCUCCCCGGAGCCACUCAACGGCACCUGCUACGACAGCUACCCGCUGCAGCCCGGCGUGGCCAGGUUCAACUACUUCCGGGUGGCCGCCGGCUUUGCGCUGCCCUUGCUGGUCCUGGGGGUCUCCUACCUCAAGAUCUUCCAGGGGGUGCGGGCCAGCAGCACCCUGCUGGGCUGGCAGAAGGCCAAGGUGAAGCGGCUCUCGCUGGGCGUCAUCGCCAUCUUCCUGCUCUGCUUCGCCCCCUACCACCUGCUGCUGGUGGUGCGGACGGUGGCCUCCGCGGUGCUAGACGGCUGCUCCCUCUGCUCCUUCGAGCAGCGGCUCCACCUGCCCUUCUCCCUGGCCCUGGCCCUGUCCAGCCUCAACAGCGCCCUGGACCCCGUCCUCUACGCCCUGGUAAGCGACAGCAUCAAGAACGAUCUACGGAAGGUGUUCGGCUACAUGGCGCGCGCCCCGCCGCCCGGCACAAUCACCUCUCUGGCCUUGUGACCGGGGCUGGCACGGCACCGACCGAGGGAGACUGGAUCGGGGAUGCCUGAUGGCACCAGAAGGGGGAGCUGCGUGCUUAGGAACGUCGGCCUCGCCCACGGGAGAAAGCCUGCAGCACCAUGCCCGAUGGCACCAAGAGAUGCAGCUGGAUGCAUGGGCAGAUGCCCAAGGCUGGAGGGGAGGGGUCUGGGGCCCAGCAAUGGCUGGGGGGUGGCUUGCCAAUGAGGCUGCAUAGACGAGGGCAUUGUGGGAAGGGGACAACCCUGCCUGGGAGCUUGCGCUCAGUGGCCGAGCGGUCGCUCUCUGUCGCUGGGAUCCCGGGCGCUGCGUGGGGCUUGUGGGGGAGCUAAAUCUGAGAACUCUGCAGAGAACGGGGUACGGGACAGGAGAUACUCCAAAGAGGGUGAAAGAUUAUUUAGGGGGAGCAGUGAAGACAGAGCGGGUAAAGCAGGAUAUGAUUCCCUAACGGCGAGGCUGGGGGAUCCUCUCUGCCAGGGACGGAGCCUAUCUCAUCGGGGACUUCAAUCGAGGGGUCCAUGAUGUUGAGAAGAGGACGUCUCCACCCAGCAAGAGAUAAACUGUUAACAAGCCCUCGUUCACUGUCCCAACAUUAAAGUGUGGUCCGGGACUGGACAUCAAGUUUUGCGGGUGACUUUCACUGCAAUAACCACCGAUGAACAUCUUUUAAACCUUUUCUUACAAGGACCCUGAAAAAGAAGGGAAAACAGUCCAAGUCCUAAAGGAGGCUUCUCUUUUAACGAGGUGUCAGCGCCUUUAG